AUGCAGAUCCUCACGCUUUUUCUCACCACUGUCGUGUUUACGCUGGGAUGGUUCGCAGUCGGCCCCAAGAGGAGUCUGACCAAUCCUCACCAUGGAAUUGGACUUGCUAUAUACGUCAUGGUCAUUGCACAGACUUUCUGGGGUUGGGUUAUCCACGGUCGUGUCAAGGGGAAGCGCAGGCUGCACUUUUCUCUGGAGCUGAUGCAGAUCCAUCACUGGCUUGGGCGCUCCCUAGCCUUACUCGGCAUUGCUCAGAUCCCGCUAGGCUUAACUCUAUACGGCUCUCCACUUUCUCUGUUUAUCCUCUUCGCAUUGGCUGCUUUUGCUUUGCUUGUCACCUACAUCAUCCUCUCUUACCUCCAUGAACGCCGUGUUAGUGCUGGAUACGACCCCAGAGGCCACUAUCACGGCCCCGAAGUCAUUGAUGAUGAUGAACGCAGUCAUGGAAACUUUGGUCGUUUGGCGGCUGCUGGAGCUGCAGGUGCUGGACUAGCUAUGCUGGGUAACCAGCUGCGUGGUGGUCGCGGAAGGAGUAGAAGUCGGAGUAGAAGCAGAAGUAGAAGCAGAAGCCGGAGCAGAAGCCGCAGUCAUUCCCCUGACACAGCAGUUACCCCCUACAUCAAUGAAAAGGAGUCGCAUCAUGGGGGCUGGGGGAAGAAGCUGCUGGGCGUAGGUGCUCUGGCUGGCUUGAUGGGCCUGGGAAAGAAAGCAUUCAACAAGCGCCGCGAGGAUGAUUACUCCGAAUCGGGCUACCAUCCUGCACACACCGUCACAGAUAGCUACGAUGACUCUAUCAGCCGUGUGGAGGAAGGUCGGCCGCCACAACCGCCGCCUCAUCGACACCAGGGCCAAUACCAUGGUGCUCCCAGUGAAGAUCAAACCACUUCCUACACAGAUACUGAUUAUUAUAACCACACCGAGGAUUCCAGGCCUGGUGGUGGUGGCGGCGGUGGACAUCCCGUGCGCAACGCCCUCCUUGGAGCAGGCGCCUUUGCUGCCGUGAAGAGCUUCUUCGGCCGGAAAUCAAGGGAAGACCGCCGAGUUGAGCAGAUACGGCAAGAAGACCUUGAGCAUGAACGAAUUGCCCGAGCAAACAGCAAACGCAAGCACCAGGGGGACAGACGUUAUGACAGACCCCAUUCCCCAUCCAGCGAGCUAGCGGCCUCUGACGCUGCUCCUGGGCCAUCAGGCACCGCUGGACGACCACCUCCGCCAGCCGCCUCCUCAGUAACUGAUAGACCACCCAGUCCCGGACGCAAACACCGCAGUCAUCACAGAUACCCAUCCACGCUCGGUGUAGGCACUGCCGUGGCAGGCGCUGCUGAAACAGCCGGAUCAGGCCACAGGAGACGAAGCGGAAAUCGUGGUGAAGACGCAUACGACUCUCCUCAAGUUGCCAUAACGGUCAAACCUGAGGGACGCCAUGUUACAUUACGACAGCUUACAAAGGAAGAAAAGAGAGCAGAGCGUGAAGCUCGUCGUCGUGAGCACAGGCGUCAGGGUCGAGAGGGCUCUUUCUCAGAAGAUGAGCACUGGCGUCGUGUCGAAGAACGUGAGCGCCAACAGGCGCAGGAAGAGCUACACCCGCCAUCGCAGUCUCAUGCACCCUCACAUUCACCCGUUCCAGCACCAGCUCACUCACACGUACCUUCACAUUCACAAGUGCCGGAAUCUCAACUCAACCCUCCACACUCCCCAAUGCCUCAAUCCUCGGCUCAUCCCCCCGGAUCCGUAGCCGCUCCAUCAUCAAUUCCCGCUCCUCCACCUCCACUACCAAUAAGCCAUGCCGGCCUCCAUUCCCCAGGCACAGUAAGCACCGACCUAAGCGGUAGCUACGCCAGCAGAAGCGGCCGAAGGCGUGCAGAACGACGCAUCGCCAGGUCCCAACGCCAGCAUAGCGUCGAUUGGACAUAA